AUGCCGCCGAAGAAAAGCUCUGUGGACCAGCCUCCGGGCAGGGGGAAGGGGAGUUCCAUUUUUGAAAUGGACACCAUGGCUAGAGACGACUUGCGAUAUGCCGGCAAGAAGCUUACCGACCCUAUCAGCGCUGCUGAGGACAAAUGGCGACUCGUCCCCGCGUUCCUACAAACCAAAGGACUGAUCAAACAGCAUGUCGACUCUUUCAACUAUUUCAUCGAGACGGAAAUGAAGCAAAUCUUGCUGGCGAAUGCAAAGGUGGACAGCGACGUGGACCCCGGAUUUUGGCUAAAGUUCCAGGAUAUCAAAGUCAAAAAGCCACAAGCUUAUGAUGCACGGAAAGGUGUAGCGUAUGAGUUGGCACCACACGAAUGCCGGUUGCGCGAUGUGACGUAUGCUGGCACUAUCACAGUCGAUAUCGAAUAUGUUCGUGGCAAGCAGCUGGUGAAGAAGAAGGGCAUUGAAGUCGGACGAAUGCCCAUCAUGCUGCGAAGUGCCCGUUGCCAUCUCACAGGGAAGUCCCCUGAGGAGAUGGUCAAAGUGGGAGAAUGCCCACUCGAUCCAGGAGGCUACUUCAUCAUCAGAGGGACGGAGAAGGUCAUUUUGAUCCAGGAGCAACUUUCGAAAAACCGAAUCAUCGUCGAGACGGAUAGGCUAGGUCUGAUCAACGCGAGCGUCACGAGUUCGACGCACGAGAAGAAGAGUAAAACGAACAUCUGCUAUGGGAAGAACGGCCGCGUCACAAUGAAGCACAACAGUUUCACGGCCGAGGUUCCAGUAGUGGUCGUGAUGAAGGCAAUGGGUAUCGAGUCUGACCGCGAGAUCGCCGAGCUCAUCUGCGGAAACGAAGAGAAGUUCUUGGAUCUCUUCUCGCCUUCGCUCGAGGAAUCAACAAUGCUUGAUCCACCUGUGUUCACGCAACGACAAGCAUUAGACUGGCUGGGAAGGAAAGUCAAAGUUACGGCGAUGCGGAGUCGAAUUGGGAUGAAGAAGGACUAUGUGGAAGAAGCGCGCGACCUGCUGGCCACGACCGUGCUCGCCCACGUUCCUGUGGAAGAUCUGAAUGGCCAUUGGAACUAUAGACCCAAGGCUGUCUAUGUCGCGCUCAUGGUGCGAAGGACGCUGCAGGCUGUUAAGGGUGGAGGUGUGGUCGAUGAUAGGGAUUUCGUUGGUAACAAGAGGCUAGAAUUGGCUGGGCAACUUCUUUCCUUGCUCUUCGAGGAUCUGUUCAAGUCCUGGCAAGCGAACAUAAAACGUGCCAUCGACACUCAGUUGAAGCGAUCCAACAGGACGUCACAAUACGAUGCGGCAACUGCCGUCGCUCAGACAUCGAGGUUCAUCACCGAUGGGUUGUUCCGUUCCAUCUCCUCCGGCAAUUGGAACGUCAAACGUUUCAAGAUGGAGCGUGCCGGCGUUACGCAAGUGUUGUCCCGGCUGAGUUAUGUUUCUGCGCUUGGAAUGAUGACGAGGAUCAGCAGUCAGUUUGAAAAAACAAGGAAAGUCAGUGGACCCCGUGCUUUACAGACGUCGCAAUUCGGUGUAAUCUGUCCGUCAGACACACCAGAAGGAGAAGCGUGUGGUCUUAUCAAAAACUUGGCUCUCAUGACCCACAUCACAACGGACUCCGAUGACACAUCUGUGAGGCGGCUGGCAUUCAUUUUGGGAGUCGAAGACGUCAACGUAUUGACCGGAGGGGACCUGUACGAGGGCGACACGUAUCUGGUAUUCUUGAACGGUGUCAUCCUCGGCGUCCAUCGGAAUGCGGAGAAGUUCGUCAAUGAUUUCCGCAGAUUACGGCGAGCCGGAAGAGUAGGCCCAUUCGUUUCGGUUUAUCGGACUACAAGUCAGCGUACAGUCAAUAUCAGUAGUGAUGGAGGGCGUGUUUGCCGGCCGUUGAUCAUCGUUGAAAAGGGGAUAGCCAAGGUCACAGAUGCUGACGUGAAGGAUGUCAUUCACGGCGUGAAAAGCUUCGAGGAUCUCAUUCAAGAAGGCAAGAUAGAGUAUCUGGACGUGAAUGAGGAGACCGAUACAGACAUUGCUAUGUACGAUCCGGACGUUGUGUACAAUGGCUCGACGAUGGGCAAAACCAUCACUAGCGGUAUGCCAAGUGAUCUCCCAAAUACCACACACUUGGAGAUCGCGCCGUUCACGGUACUUGGUGCUGUCGCGGGCUUGAUUCCUUACCCGCAUCACAACCAAUCGCCGCGUAAUACGUAUCAGUGUGCUAUGGGUAAACAAGCGAUCGGCGCGAUCGCUUAUAAUCAACUGACGCGCAUUGAUACGUUGUUGUAUCUCAUGGUAUACCCGCAACAACCAAUGGUGCGCUCCCGCACAAUCGAGUUGAUUGGGUACGAUAAGCUACCCGCAGGGCAGAACGCCACAGUCGCUGUCAUGAGUUAUAGUGGAUAUGAUAUUGAGGACGCCCUUGUCUUGAACAAGGCGUCCGUCGACAGAGGAUUCGGAAGGUGUCAGGUGAUGCGCAAGUUCUCGACAAUGAUCAAAUCCUAUCCGAACUCCACGUAUGAUCGGUUGGCCGAUCGGAUGUACGACGCUCAAGGCGAAGUCAUCGAGAAGUUCGAGAUUUUGGACGAUGACGGUAUCGCAGGAGUAGGAGAACGCAUCUACACCAACCAAAUCGUCAUCAACAAGCAAAGCCCGACCGAAACGGCCCCUCGGGUGGCUCCGGUGUCGGAUGCAGGGGGCGCUGAGAUUCGGAAUAACAACGAAAGUCUGGAAGUCACGUAUAAAUCGGCACCCAGCGUUUUCAAGUAUCCGGGCGACGCCGUUAUCGAUCAAGUGUUGUUGACGACCAACGAAGAAGAUCAAACGCUUGUCAAAGCGCUUAUCCGACAAACUCGGCGACCAGAGCUUGGUGACAAGUUUUCGUCCAGGCACGGACAGAAAGGUGUCUGCGGUAUCAUCGUACAGCAGGAGGACAUGCCUUUUGCUGAUACGGGAGUUUGUCCCGACAUUAUCAUGAACCCUCACGGAUUCCCCAGUCGAAUGACAGUGGGGAAAAUGAUUGAGUUGCUGUCCGGCAAGGCUGGCGUGCUAGCGGGUCAGCUGCAAUACGGAACGGCAUUCGGUGGAAGUAAAGUCGAAGAUAUGUCUCGGAUUCUGGUAGACAACGGAUUCAGCUACUCUGGGAAAGAUUACGUGACUUCUGGCAUCACCGGCGAGCCACUACAAGCGUAUAUCUUCUUCGGUCCGGUAUACUACCAGAAGCUGAAACACAUGGUUAUGGACAAGAUGCACGCUCGAUCACGAGGUCCCCGUGCCACCUUGACUCGCCAACCUACGGAAGGUCGUUCUCGAGACGGUGGAUUGCGUGUAGGGGAGAUGGAACGUGAUUGUUUGAUUGGGCACGGCACGGCAGCGCUCCUGAUUGAGCGUCUGCUGUACUCUUCAGAUGCGUACGAUUGCGAGAUGUGUGGGGAGUGCGGUAUCGUGGGAGGAUGGCACGGAUAUUGCAACUACUGCAAGAGCCGGAAGGGUGUCGUGAAGGUGAAGAUUCCGUAUGCUUGCAAGCUGCUGUUCCAGGAGCUUAUGAGUAUGAACGUGGUGCCUAGAGUCGCCGUGAAGGAUUUGGAGUAAUGCAUGGGUGCGCUGAGGCCCUCUGGUUUUGCUCCCACCCCUACUGUACCCGUUACACACUGUCACAUAGUAUCAUUAAGCAUUUGUAUUUAAUCCAUCACUUGUAAACAGCAUCGACAUGUAAAAG